GUUAGUGUUGAUUAUUUGGCGAAGCCAAUUGAUGUUUUCAAGGAGAUGUAUCGUGUUCUUAAGCCUGGAGGUCUAGCCAUAAUGAGCUUUUCAAAUCGUUGCUUUUGGACAAAAGCAAUCUCUAUAUGGACAUCAACUGGUGAUGCUGAGCAUGUUUUGAUUGUUGGGUCCUAUUUCCAUUAUGCUGGAGGCUUUGAACCUCCUCAGUCUCUCACUUGAGAGCAUUUCAGAGAUCUUGUCUCAGAGUGUGAUCAGAGAAUGGCAAGAAGGCUCACGCCAUGGACGUGGCUGCUGCUAUGAGUUACUGAGGAUUUUGAGCAUGAGAGCCCAAAUCCAAGCCCCUCCACGUCUCCACCACUACCAGCUUCCCCAGAACCCGAUCGUCCUUCCUCCAUCUCAGCAGCUGUCCAUCAUGCAUCCACCAAACGUUGCCGUUGCCGAGAUGUCCUCGGCGACGAUCCAACAUCAUCAUCAUCUGCAGCAGCCGCAGCCGCCGCUGCCAUAUGAUCCCUAUUACCACCAUUACCAACAGCAAUUCCAGCAGCAACACCAAAGCUUGGGGUACAACAAUCAAGUAGGUCAAGAAAUGCAGCACAUCCAGACCUUGUUCGUGUCGGGCCUUCCCGACGAUGUCAAACCCCGGGAAAUCCAUAACCUCUUCCGCAGGCGCCCGGGAUUCGAAUCCUGCCAGCUCAAGUACACCGGCCGCGGCAAUCAGGUUGUUGCAUUUGCUUCCUUUUUCAAUCAUGAGUUGGCGAUGGGAGCACUGUCCGCAUUAAAUGGUGUACCUUUUGACCCUCAAACUGGAGCUACUCUACAUAUUGAGCUGGCAAGGUCAAAUUCAAGGAAAAAACGUCCAGCAGGGAGUGGAGCCUAUGUCGUUAUUGAUAAAAGAUUGAAAGCAACAUCUGAUGCUCAAGACACCUGGAGCAAUGAUGGAGAUGGUGGAUCGGAUGAACCAUCUGGCGAACUUCAUUCCAGCAACAAGGGUGAUUUAGCUACUGCAGAGAGUGGUGAAACAAGGGUUGACCCUGAUAAUGCAGGAGCUGCUGCAAAUCAGGAGCAAUCAGAAAAGACUUAUACAGGGGAAGUACAACCAUGUUCAACUUUAUUUAUUGCAAAUCUAGGUCCAAAUUGCACGGAAGAAGAACUGAAGCAAGUUCUGACUCAAUAUCCUGGAUACCAUGUACUAAAGAUGCGCGCCAAGGGUGGAAUGCCAGUUGCCUUUGCUGAUUUUGAGGAUACUGAACGCGCUACAGAAGCCAUGGAGAGUCUGCAAGGCAGCAUGCUACCAUCUUCUGAUCGUGGGGGCUUGCACAUAGAAUAUGCAAGGUCUAAAAUGAGGAAAGCUUAGAGGAAAGGACUGCAGAAUAUCAAAAUCUUCAAAUCCACUGUGAUCGAGAUUUUCCUGAACUUUGUCUAACAUAGGAAUUGCAAUUGAGGACUUGUGGCACUACACCCUUGAACUUUUACUUCCCAACAUGGUGUGGAAGUUCAGAUGUGCUUAGUUGCUCUUCUUUUGUUCCAAUUCCCCCCCUUUUUUUUUUCAAACCAAACCCAGAUAAAAAUCAACAGUUGACAUAUGCUUUGCUCUUGCAUGUGGAAUAUGAGAAACAAGUUCUUGGCA